UCCAACUACUCGGCCUUCCUAUUAAUUCUUUUGCUCUUUCACAUUUUCACCUUUCAUUCUUUCACUCUAUCAUUCUAUCACUCUUUCACUCUUAUUCCCUCACUCUUCACUUUCACUCAUUCUCUUUGCUUUAAAUCCCACUGCCUUUCCUCUUAAUCUUUUUUGUCUUCUUUCCUUCCCUAUCCUAAUACCUCUACUGCGCCCCAGUGGAUUUGAUUGCGAACAGCCCAUCGAAUACUCUAUAUAAUUUUAUACUCAAAAGAGAUCUAAAAUGAAAUUGGUUCCUCGCGAGCUAGACAAGUUGGUUCUCCAUCAAGUCGGCUUCUUGGCUCAAAAACGUCUGGCCCGUGGAUUGCGCUUGAACGAGACGGAGGCCGUUGCUCUUAUUGCCAGCCAAUUGGGGGAAUUUAUCCGGGAUGGCCGCCACUCAGUCGCAGACUUGAUGGAUUUAGGAAAGCAGUUUUUGGGCCGUCGCCAGGUCAUGCCUGGUGUUGCUAAUACAUUGUAUGAAGUUCAAAUCGAGGGCACUUUUCCGGAUGGAACCAAACUGGUGACCGUCCACGACCCAAUUAGUAACGAAACUGGAAACCUAGAGCUUGCCCUACAUGGAUCUUUUCUCCCUAUCCCAGACAUCGAUGUUUUCUUUCCCCCUAUUUCAGAAGCAGAGGAAAGAGAACAUACACACCCACCAGGUGCAAUUGUCACUGCUCCAGGUACUCUGACAAUCAAUAAGGGCCGUAAGCGCCUGCGACUUGAGAUCACUAACACAGGUGAUCGCCCCAUUCUGGUUGGAUCACAUUUCCAUCUGAUAGAGGCCAACAGUGCACUUCAAAUGGACCGCGCACUCGCCUAUGGACGCAGACUUGAUAUCCCAGCCGGGUCUGCUAUUCGUUUUGAACCAGGUGAAAAACAUACUGUUACAACUGUCAGUAUCGGAGGCUUAAAGCGUAUUAGUGGUGGAAAUAACCUUGCAACUGGAACAGUUGACCCAGAGAAAUUAGAGGAGAUCAUGUCAAAGGUCAUUUCACAAAACUUUAGUCAUUCUGUUCAAUCACCAUUAUUGAAUGAAAAGGAGAUCCCAGAAUAUCAAAUCCCAAGAGAAGUAUAUCAGUCAUUCUAUGGACCUACAGUCGGGGACCGCGUCAGGUUGGGUGAUACUGGUCUCUGGAUCGAAAUUGAAAAAGAUUUUACACAUUAUGGGGAUGAAUGUAAAUUCGGAGGAGGAAAAGUAUUGCGAGAGGGCAUGGGCCAGGCAAAUGGUAUACCCGAUUCUGAAGCACUGGACCUUGUCAUUACAAAUGCCAUUAUCCUCGACUAUACAGGAAUUUAUAAGGCUGAUAUUGGUAUAAAAAAUGGCCUUAUUUCCGGUAUCGGCAAGGCUGGUAAUCCAGACGUGAUGGAAGGUGUGUCGCCCAAUAUGAUUGUUGGCGUGUCAACAGAAGUGAUGGCUGGCGAACACAAUAUUGUUGUUGCCGGCGGGAUUGAUACACACGUUCACUUUAUCUGCCCACAGCUUAUUGAUGAAGCACUUACCUCGGGCUUGACAACGCUCAUUGGAGGUGGCACAGGACCGAAUACUGGCUCAAAUGCGACAACUUGUACUCCCGCAGCGGAAUUUGUUAAGAUGAUGUUUCAGGCAACAGAUGCAUCUCCCGUUAAUAUUGGUAUCACUGGUAAGGGCAAUACAGCCCAUUUGAACGGCAUCCAUGAUCAGAUCAAGGCUGGUGUUAUUGGGCUGAAGCUUCAUGAAGACUGGGGAACUACUCCAGCUGCAAUCGACAACUGCUUGACGGCGUGCGAUAUGUAUGAUGUACAGGCAACCAUUCACACAGACACGUUAAAUGAGGCAGGAUUCGUGCAGUCAACCGUCGGAGCCAUCAAAGGUCGUACUAUUCACACUUAUCACACCGAAGGAGCUGGAGGUGGACAUGCCCCCGACAUCAUCACCGUUUGUAGUCACCCUAAUGUUUUACCAUCCAGUACAACCCCUACAUUGCCGUUUACAAGAAAUACCUUGGAUGAACAUAUUGACAUGCUUAUGGUCUGCCACCAUCUUGAUAAAAAUUUGCCGGAGGAUGUUCAUUUUGCGGAAAGUCGUAUCCGCGGAGAGACCAUUGCUGCUGAAGGCUGCCUGCAUGACAUGGGAGCUAUCAGCAUGAUCAGUAGCGAUGCACAGGCCAUGGGUCGUAUCGGUGAAGUCGUUGGACGAACAUGGAUGAUGGCAGAUCGCAUGAAACAAAUUCGCGGACAUAUCCCAGACAAUACGCCCAAUGGCUUUGUAACCACAGCAGAUAAUUUCCGAGUGAAGAGAUAUGUUGCCAAGUAUACAAUUAAUCCUGCUAUAGCACACGGGAUUUCUCACUUGGUUGGUUCGAUUGAGGUGGGAAAAGUUGCGGAUCUAGUUAUGUAUGAUCCUUCAUACUUUGGCUCUAAACCUCUUCAUGUCCUCAAGUCUGGUGUGAUCACAUAUUCUGCCAUGGGCCUUGCAAAUGGAAGUAUUCCAUCCACACAGCCCGUCAUCGUUCGUCCCAUGUUUGGCUCUCUUGGCAGUGCAGCUGCAGCUAAUUCUUUUGUAUUCAUGUCGCAAGCGGCUGUAGACCUCAACCGUGGCAAGGAUUAUGGCCUAAAAAAGAAGGUUGCAGCCAUCAAGAACUGUCGCGAUAUAUCCAAAUAUGAUAUGAAGUUAAACGAUCUAUGUCCUUUGGUUGAGGUUGACCCUGAAUCGUUUGAAGUUAGUGUCGAAGGCGUUAUCAUUAGUGAUAUGGUAAAGCCUGCCGAUACGCUUCCACUAGCACAAAGCAAAUAUAUUUUUUAAUACAUUCAUAGACCAAGCCUUUCAUCAUUCAUUGGAAAUUCUCUACCUAAUAAAGCAUUGUAGCAUAGCACAAUAUUUACG